AUGGCGGAAAGAAGAAACCAAACACCCAUCACCGAAUUCAUUCUCUUAGGAUUUGGGAAUGGCCCUGAACUGCAGCCCCUCCUCUUCCUGGUGUUUCUGAUGAUCUACUUUGCCACCGUGGCUGGGAAUAUUCUUAUUGUUCUACUAGUGGUGGCUGAUCGGCACCUUCACACCCCCAUGUACUACUUCCUGGGCAACUUGUCUUGCUUGGAGACUUGCUAUGCAUCAACUAUCCUGCCCAGAAUGCUGGCCAGUCUCCUGACUGGGGACAGGACCAUCUCUGUUAAGGGCUGCCUGGUGCAACUAUGUAUCUUUGGUAUCAUGGCAGCGAUAGAAAAUCUGCUGCUCACGGCCAUGUCAUACGAUCGGUAUCUAGCCAUCUGCCACCCCCUCCACUACGGCCAGCUCGUGGCAGGGGCCUGGAUCAGCAGUUUUCUGUUCUGCACCAUGGUCAAUAUUUUCUUGUUCCAAUUAACAUUCUGUGAUUCCAACGAAAUUGACCAUUUCUUCUGUGAUUUUACACCUGUCGUAAAGGUGUCCUGUAGUGACACCCGGUCAGUGCAACUGGUGACAUUUAUUAUCUCUGCCAUAGUGACCCUGGUACCCUGUCUCCUGACCCUGACGUCCUACGUUUGCAUCAUCACCACCAUCCUGAGAAUCCCUUCCACUAGAGGGAGGCAAAAGGCCUUUUCCACCUGCUCCUCCCACCUCAUCGUGGUAAUAAUUUUCUAUGGGACUCUCAUUGCUGUCUAUGUGGCUCCAACAACCAACACUCCCAAGGUCCUACAUAAACUAUUCUCUGUCUUCUACACAGUCCUAACUCCCCUGAUCAAUCCCAUCAUCUACAGCCUGAGAAACAAGGAGGUCAAAGAGUCCCUGAGAAAAGCUCUUCUGAAACUGGCUGCUGUCAGAAACAGGCACAGAAGGUGA